AUGGUUAAUGAAGCUGUGAAAGUGCGUGAUCCACUCAGUCGUCAAAUUUUCGAGCCUGAUCAUUCUGAUUUAUCUCAGAGUGAACACAACUGGAAUAAGGAAUUACUUCGACCUGCUUACACAUCUUCAAAGAUCGGUGAUGCUGAUUAUCCUGGUGUGUCUGCAAAUUCUUGUUACUGUGGAUAUCCUGUUGAAGAUCACGCCUUUGGAUUCUGUUUCGAGCCUGAUCAUUCUGAUUUAUCUCAGAGUGAACACAACUGGAAUGAGGAAUUACUUCGACCUGCUUACACAUCUUCAAAGAUCGGUGAUGCUGAUUAUCCUGGUGUGUCUGCAAAUUGUUGUUACUGUGGAUUUCCUGUUGAAGAUCACGCCUUUGGAUUCUGGUCGUAUUGA